AUGACAGGUGAACUAAUCAUCGAGAAUGCGAAAAAGUUCAUGAAAGAUAUAGAGAGUGGAUCUGUUGAAAGGGAGGGCAUGGAGGACAAAUUAAAAUCCAUAAGAGACAAAGUUCGCAAUGCAAUGGAUGUCGAAGAUGUUCUGACUUACCCAGAAGAAAAUGUAGUUGCACAGUUGUUGACUGAUGAAAAAAUUAUUGAAAACGUUAUUGGAAUUAAUAAAGAUGAUAUCGAUGAAGAAGUUGAUGAAAGUUCUACAAUGGAGCCCCCUUCGCGAAACGUAUCUAUUAAAGCGGCAAUCACAUUGAACAAUUUCUUGUUGAGCUAUGAGAAAAUAACACCAGAAGUUCUUACCAUGUUAAGGAAAAUUUGA